CGACGCUCUUUUCGGCACAAACUCACGCUUCUUCAUGUACCAGGUGCUGCUCGGAUUCUUCGCUGUCGUGGCGAACGCCGACUUCGCGGUGGAACAUGGCUUCACCGAACCUUGGCCAGAUGCUGCUACAACGGAUCUGCAAUCAUCUGCUCAUGUCUUACACGGUCCGCAAGAUUAUUUGCUGGAAAUCGUGUACGAUCUCCGACGCACCGAAGUGGAAUCUGCGCAUCGGGGAACCUUUCCGGUUCCGCUGCGCGCUGGCCAUAUAAAGGACCAGCCAAGCCUAGAGCGACUGGGGCACGACGCUCUUUUCGGCACAAACUCACGCUUCUUCAUGUACCAGGUGCUGCUCGGAUUCUUCGCUGUCGUGGCGAACGCCGACUUCGCGGUGGAACAUGGCUUCACCGAACCUUGGCCAGAUGCUGCUACAACGGAUCUGCAAUCAUCUGCUCAUGUCUUACACGGUCCGCAAGAUUAUUUGCUGGAAAUCGUGUACGAUCUCCGACGCACCGAAGUGGAAUCUGCGCAUCGGGGAACCUUUCCGGUUCCGCUGCGCGCUGGCCAUAUAAAGGACCAGCCAAGCCUAGAGCGACUGGGGCACGACGCUCUUUUCGGCACAAACUCACGCUUCUUCAUGUACCAGGUGCUGCUCGGAUUCUUCGCUGUCGUGGCGAACGCCGACUUCGCGGUGGAACAUGGCUUCACCGAACCUUGGCCAGAUGCUGCUACAACGGAUCUGCAAUCAUCUGCUCAUGUCUUACACGGUCCGCAAGAUUAUUUGCUGGAAAUCGUGUACGAUCUCCGACGCACCGAAGUGGAAUCUGCGCAUCGGGGAACCUUUCCGGUUCCGCUGCGCGCUGGCCAUAUAAAGGACCAGCCAAGCCUAGAGCGACUGGGGCACGACGCUCUUUUCGGCACAAACUCACGCUUCUUCAUGUACCAGGUCAGUUACCUAAAUGGAACUAAGUGUUAUCGCUCUAGCAAUGUUAUGCUUUUAAGAGUGUCGUGCCCCAUUAGCAAGCGACAAAUGAUUGAGUGUCUUGAACAUGCCAGCCUGUGCUUCGUUGAUGCUCUACUAUUCUCUCUCUACGACGGCUGCCUGACGCUUUCCCAAAUCUUACUGCUCCUAUCGGGGGAUGUAGAACUAAAUCCAGGGCCCAUGAAUGCAGUUGAACGUGACCAAAUGACAAACAUUGAAAGGAUUCUCUUAGAAAUGAAAACAGGCCAGGAAACUGUGCUUGCGAAGUUAACGGAAAUUACAACAAGACAAUGUGAAUUAGAAUCCAAAAUUACGGGCUUAAUAGAGAAGACAAACAAUGUAGAAAGUCGUAUUGCUCGGGUGGAAAAAAUGGAAGAUAAAUUUAUGGCUAAACUAGACGACUUGGAGAAUAGAAGCCGUAGACAGAAUCUGGUCUUUUUCGGGUUGCCUGACAGGGAGCAUAACGAGACGUGGGAGGCGUCUGAAAAACUAAGUGGAAUAUGCAAAGAUGUGAUGAAACUUGAUGAUAUUUCGGUUGAACGGGCUCAUCGCGUAGGCGUUUUCAGAGAAGGCAAAAACCGGCCCAUAGUAGCAUGCUUUUCAAGGUGGAAGGCUAGAGAAAAUGUCUUUAAAAACGCUUGCAGACUAAAAGGCACUUCGUACAGCAUCUCUGAAGAUUUCAGCCGAGCCGUACAAGAAAAAAGACGUCAGCUUUGGAAUUAUGCGAAAGAAAAAAGAGAGAACAAAGAAAAUCGUGUUCGCUUGAGUUAUGAUAAAUUGAUCAUCAAUGGGCAAACGUUUGUUUGGGAUAGCGAUAUGCGGAUGCCAGUUCCACUUCAGGCGCAUGCGCGACUGGACAGAGGCAAAUGACGCAUUCCGAAUUCCGUUCCUCCGAAAGAUAACUCAGCACGUUGCUCGCAGCCUGAACGGCUCUCUGUCCUGCUUGUGAA